UGGCAGAUAACUAACACCCCAACGCACUUCAGAACAUUUCUCUUCAGGACUGAAUUGUGAAACAUUCCUGUUAUAAAAACUACAAGACUGUUCUGCGCAAAAAGCGAUGAAAUUGUUUGAGCUAGCUUUAGCUCUUGUGAUUCUUGUCGCAUCCUUCGCGAGCAUCACCACCGCCUCGCAAAAGGGUGAUGACUGCUCGGCCAAUCUUCAACCAUGUGUGAAACUUUGGAGAGAGCGUUCCCUAUGUGCUAAACUCGGAGGGCCGCUGUGUGAAAGCAUAGAAUCCAACAACAACGCUUCAAAUCACAUCAGUAAAAUUAAUGAAGAAAUGUGCAAAAACUCYGAAGUUUUUUGUCCAAUGACAAGGAAAUGUCAAGCACAGAAUGGYACAUGUAAUGUCGACAGUGUCUCUCCAAUGUCGAGCAAUAGUAAACCUUGGGAGGUGAAUUGCCCGGCAGAUCAUCAAUUCUGCUCUAUCUCUAUGAGCUGCAUCCAUAUGAACAAGACAUGCUCCUUCAAGGCCAUUUAUGAUUGGUUCAAAGCUGRUGAUACUCUUCGUGGCCCUUAUGGUGCUAACUGUUCAAGUUCCCAAAAAUUCUGUCUGGCUUCCAUGAGUUGUUUGGGAUCAAAUGCUUCUUGCGAYGUUGCAUAUAAUGCCACAGCAAUGAAAUCUUUUUGUCCGAAAGACUCGUCCUAUUGUGGGAAAAGAGGYUCUUGUAUUAAUGGGGCAAAUGCCACUUGUCCAUCCUUUUCUUCCUUGAAUAUGACAGGAAGAGAAGACAAUGGAGGAUGGAAGCACGUCUGUGAGGCGCGUGAACACAUGUGCACCAGGUUUGCUGUAGCCAUGGCAAAAUGCUGGCCAAAGAUUGCUAGCUGCAUUAGCAUGGAGGGUAAUGGCUCUUCCUCAAAGAACAACUCUGGACCUUGUGCUCAAGGCGAAAAAUAUUGCAACUCUACUAAAAAAUGCCAGCCCGACAAAGAUACUUGCUGUCCGAUGGGACAAAAGCACUGCCCUACAGGUAAUAAUAGUUGCAUCCCAGACAAACAGCCUUGCUGUGCUUCCAAUGAAACGUACUGCAAAUAUCAAGACAGAUGCCAACCAAAGGGCGAUGGUUGUUGCCCGAUGGGACAGUACUUCUGUAAAAGCGGAAAAUGUAUCCCUGAUCACCAACCCUGCAAAUACAAAGCAGCUAAAUCGUGUCCUCAAAGUGCCUUGAGAUGCAAAACUCUCGUUGAGAAGACAGCUAAGUUCUGCGAAGUGAGAUACAAGGCGUGUAAAGCCUUGGCAAACGACAGCAUGGAGUCAUUCCGUUCAAAGGUCGACAGCAUCAGUCAAGACCUUUGCGAAUCUUCAAAAGAGUACUGUCCUCUGAGUAAUGGCUGCCAACCCAAGGGAACUGCCUGUACCGUUGACUCAACAGCAGGAUUUGACAAUCAUGCCAACAAUGGAAGCAAUACUACACAGGAGACUCCAUGGGGUUACACAUGUCCCUAUGACGAGAAUUUCUGCAUACAAACAAUGUCAUGUAACGAUCCAGGUGACGUUUGCUCCGCAAAAGCUAUAGUCGAUUGGGCGGCGUCCGAGAACAAAACAUCCUCGCCGUAUGGAAAGUCCUGCAGUAAUGGAACUAACUAUUGUUUUGCAACAAUGUCAUGUUCUAGUGGUUCCUGUAGAUAUAAUCCGGUGAACAGAGACAACAAUACUAUGGCCAAUUCAACCAAUGUCUUCAAUGGUUUAUGCGAAGAUGAUAAACACCAUUGCACACACUCGUUUUCAUGUCGGUAUAAAAACGAAUCUUGCAGCCCUUUCCCGACAUACGACUACUCAGGGAAGAAUGAUAACGGAACUGGAUGGUUGAAUGCUUGUAAGAUUUCGAGUUAUCGCUGCGAACGUCUUAAGUAUGGUGUAGAUCAGUGUUACAACAGAGCAAAGAACUGUGUGAAGAAAGACAAGGUUGAAUGUAAUCAUGGGAAGGUUUAUUGUAAACUACGAGACAGUUGCCAAAAUGCUUCAAUUGUCUGUUGCCCUCAUAACGAGACAUACUGUCCUGAUCGCAAAAAGUGUAUCAGAGAUGGUGAUAGGUGCCCACUCGAUACUUGCACCGAAACCCCGUGUGGUCAGAUCAUUCAAAAAUCUCUUCAAUGUGAAUAUCUUGAUAAAAUCUGUCCAGCCAUUGUAUCUGCUCCAGGAACAGUUCUUGCCAUGAUAUUGAAACAAGAGAAUCGCACAUCUCCCAUAAAAUGUCCAAAAGACCAAAAGCAUUGCGCAGCUUUUAACAAGUGCAUACCCUCAAACGAUCAUUGUAGAAUUAACCUCAAUGAAGCUUCCUGGAAGGAUCAGGUUCCUUGGGAUAAGUCCUCAUGCGGCGGUGGGAAACAGUUCUGCGACAAUGUAAUGAAGUGCACGUCAAAAGACAAAACACCUUGCACUAUCCAGAGUCUGAUGGACUGGCACAAGGCAGGGAACACAAGUGUUAGCCCAUGUGGGAUGGUGUGUGCUCAAGGAGAGAAGUUUUGCUUGAAGUCUUACUCUUGCAUCAAAAGCAACGCCAAUUGUACUUUCGAGCCGCUAAAAGCAUUCAAUGGUACUAAAAAUGAGACUGUUCUCCAGAAAUUGUGUGGGCCAUAUCAUCGUUUCUGUGUGAAGCAGUUUAGGUGUGUAAGGAAGACGGAAGAUUGUGUGGAUCCUCCAAAACUUAACUUCACUGGGGUUGCAUCGGACAAUGGAACAGGUUUUCUGCAUAUCUGCAAAGCUAAGGAAGUCUACUGUCCUGCAAUGGUACGUGGAAUGAUAAAAUGUGCAGCUAAGAAGGAAUUUGCACACUGCGUCAAAAAGUCACUGGAGCGAUGCGCACCGGGAACAACACUCUGCGUUAAAACCGGGAAGUGCAUCAAGCCAUCACAGUAUUGCUUGGCACCUGGAGAAUGUCCACCUUAUCAAUUURACUGCCCGGAGCUUGGUGGAUGUAUUAACAAGACUAUAAAAUGUGAAGUUCCACUUUCCAAAAUCAUUUACAAGUCAGCGUGGUUUUUUCAAAAGCUCGAAGAGGUCAAGCCAACACUAUUCCCCAGUGGUUCAACCAUUGCCAUUGUCUCCGUUUCUGAAAGCAGUGGUCAAGUUGAAUACCACGACGGUGGCAAAUGGGUUGCAGUGUCUGGAAUAGCUGAAAAAACUGCCCUUGUCUUGGGAAAGACAAACAUGUUAAGAUUUGUACCCAGUAAUCCUGUUUGGCAUGGCGCUGUACAAUUUAACUACACUGUCAUGUCGGGAACGGUAGGGCAAAAAGUAGACGCAUCAAGCUCAAAGAGAAAUCCGGACGAUGUUAUUGUUUCUGUCAUCCUACCAAAUGUUUUCACUCCGAACCUGACUGAAGUGGGAGGAGCGUUUUCGAUUUACGAGGACGAGAAAGGAAAAGGUUUUAAGCUCGAGGACAAAAUGAAGCUGAAUUUCCUCAAUUUCUCCGACGAGAACAACGUACCAUUUGAUCUGCAAUCACGAAUGAGUCGUUUAAGCGUGUCAGCUUACCGCGAAUACUUGAAACUUGUCCAAACAGCUAAGGCUGCCGUAGCUAUCACCUUCCUCGAAAACAGUACCAAGACGGGUGGUUUCAAGGGAGCAAAACCAAGUCGUGACAAGCCUGAAGUGGUGUUUGAUCAUGAAUUAGACAGGAAACUAGUGAUCAGUCCAGCCAAGCACUACCAUGGAACUCUAAAUGCAACCUUUUCUGCAGCAGUAAUAUACAACCCAGCAGAUGGAAAACUUAGCUUUGAUAUGCCACAGAUGACCAGACGCAUCGUAUUUACUUAUAUGUAUUUAAAUAACGCUACUGAAAACCAACACAAAGCGCUUCAAGGUGUCAUACAGCAAUUCAAAACCUCCAAAAACCGACCAAGCAAAGCCAAUGUCUUGGAUGCCAUAACAAAGGCUGAGUCAGCAGCCAGCGGACUCAAUAAGACUGAUCUUGGUGAGAUUAAGAAAUGGGUCACCCUCGCUUAUGAACGCGUGAAAUUGGUGACAGGAAAAGACGAGGAGCUUCCACCAUACAAAGUCCUAGAAAUCCAAACCAAAGGUGGACUUCGUCAGCUAGUCUAUAGCAAGCAGGUUCUCAAAAUCGUUGUCACAGUCAAAAAAGUGAACGAUCAACCUGUUCUGACGUCAUAUCUUGCAUAUUUCCCGCCAAUCGCCUUCAACUUAACUAAAACUCCAAACAGUGGUUUUCCUGUUAAAGAUAUUACUGAAAAAAUCCCUUAUCCUUACGGAAAGACUCCACCUAAGUUCAGCAAGAUUCUGCCUUUGAUAAGUGAUGUUGACAAGGGGGAUAAAUUUGGAAUUGGCAUCGCUUACGCAAAGAAUAGCAGCAUCGGAGCUUAUUAUUACAGAAAUGACUCCAAAGGAUCAUGGGAGCUUAUUAAUCUGAAAAAUGUUCUGACAAAUGGAAAGCUCGUAAACAACAGCGAUGUGCUUUUACUGAAACCAACGGCCGAACUAAAAUUUGAAAUGCACGAUCCUACAAACCUUUGGACCAACCUCGAGGCGAGAAAGCAAGCCAAUCUUCUACUUGUUGCAUGGGAUCAGAGCGAUCAACUAUCCAAUGGAAUCCAUCAAUUCCAUUUCCCAGUAAACAAAAACUCGUCAAUAAGCUCGAAGUUCGCUUCGGCCUUCACAGCUCGAUUGGGAUGCGACGGAAAACCUGGCUCAAGGGGCAAAUUCGAUGCAUGUGGACUAUGUGGAGGGGAUGGUGUUUGGUGCAGAGGAUGUGAUGGGGUUCCACAUUCAGGAGCUGUUAUUGAUCAUUGCGGAAACUGCACCGGUGGAAAUACCAAAAAAGAUUUCAACUUCAGGAAAGACUGCGGCGGCGGGUGUGGGACUUCAUUUAACGACUCUUGCGGUACUUGCCAGAAAUAUGGAGAAGUAACUGAUUUUAGGGAUUGUGCAGGUGUUUGCUUUGGAAAGGCCUUCAAAAAUAAGUGCGGCAAUUGUGUGGGUGGAAAUACAACCAAACCUAAGAACUAUGGAGAGGAUCUGUGUGGGGUUUGUGGUGGUAAAAAUGACACUUGUCUGGAUUGCGCGAGUGUACCAGCGGGUACAAAAGAAAAAGACAUAUGUGGAAAAUGUCUCGAACCAACGGACAAAGCGUUUAAUGCUCAAUGCGUCAAGCUUGGAACCAUGAACAUUGUCAGUGGGAAAAAGGCUGGAGGAGACAAGGUUACUGUUGUUGGAGCUGGUUUGAAACAGAGAGGCUACUCGACUGCAAAAUGCGAAUUUUAUAAUUCCACCAAGUCUUUUAGUGUACCGGAUGCUGCCCUUAAUGGAAACAAGUUCACCAUCACCACCCCAGCUGCACCAACUGCAGGCUUGUAUUCUUUACGUUGUUCGUUCGACUCCGACUCAAAAAAAGAAAGCUCGCUCACCAAUUUCACGUUCUUCGACAAAUCGUCUAUAACAAUAACAUCAGCCUCUCCUAAAGAGAUCGAAGCCAAAACCACAGCUGUUAAUGUUACCAUCACUGGAACGGGUUUUGUGGACACUGGGUUUAUCAAAUGUAUAACCAGCAAAAAACAAAGUUUCCCGGCCACUUUUGUCAGCUCUACGAGUGUUAUAUGCCAUGUACCUAUGCAAAAGAAGUCGGCUGCUCUGAAGAUUGCCCCACAGUUUGGUUUAUUGGAUAAAACUAUUCCUGCAGACGCGGCCAAUUUCACUGUGUAUGUAACAGCCCCCUUUCCACAGUCUGCACGUUUCACCGAUAAUCUGCAAGCCCUUGUCUUAGAAAUGAACAAAGCAACGCAAUAUAAGGGUUCGUCUUGCAACGGUCUCUUUGACGCUGACUCUAUAAAGAAGUUUGGUACAAGAGCAAAAUGUAAGUUCAGGACACCCAUGAAACUUUUCGUCUUACUACUUGGAAGUCCAACGGUAGAACCAAACGACAUUGUGCAAUUCCAAAAAGAUGCCGUAACAACAAAAUUCGAGGAAGUUACAAAGAAGGGAUCUGGAGUACUCAAUAUCACCAUACAAAAACCAACCAAAGUCGUUGUUCCAAAAUCAAGUUUGUCAGGUCCAGCGAAAGUUGGUGAAUGCAGUCCUGUAAAGCUUUCAGCUGCAAGGUCAUCAGGAGGUGGAGGCCGUCGUUUAACCUUCAUAUGGACUGUUGGGUGGGCAAGCGAUGUAAACGUUGGGUCACUCACCUCGGCUCAGACAAAUGAUCUUAAAGCAAUACAGAGUAUUUUGUCUGGCUUAAAGUCGUUCUCUCCUAGGGUUGAAAUUACAAAAAACAAUCUUAAAUUGAACCUGAAAUACGAGUUUCGAGUUUCUGUUAAGAAUUUCUUGAAUGAAGAGAGCUCAAACGCGACUUUAAUUGUCACUCGAGAAAACAAGCAGCUACCUGUAGUCGAUGCUGGACCUGCAGUACGCAAGAUCAAAGCAUCAAGGCCAUUCACUAUUCAAGCAAAACCAAUCCUCUCUCCGUGUCUCGAUCCCAACGCUGUGGCCGCAACGGUUCUAAUCAGUUGGGAGAUUGGCACUGUUGGUAUUAAUCUUCCUAUAACUGACCAACCCAGAUUAACAAUAAAACCAGGAGUUCUUCAAGGAGGAAAGAAAUACACCUUGACGGUCACCGCAACAAUGGCGUCCGAUCAAAAUCUCGCGAGUACAAAGGAAAUCGUUCUGGACGUUGAAAGUACCCCGUUGGAGGCAAGGAUCGUAGGAGGCUCGUACCAGGUGGUCGGAUCUUCUUCGACCCUCAAACUUGAUGCCAGUUCCUCUGUAGAUCCUGAUAGCUCAUCUGAUUCUUUCUGGUACAAGUGGGAGUGUACUAAAGGAGGCAAGCCGUGUUUCGUGCCUGACCCGCAAAAUGCGGGCAGAAAGAAGCGACUUGUACUGGAUACAAAAGUUGUCGUUACCCUUGAUGUGGCCGCUAAUUUAGAGUCUAACACCGAAUAUGUGUUCAAAAUGACUUUUAACAAAGGUAAAAGAAAGGCAAGCACCCAAAAGACCAUCAAGGUUCUUCCAGGAAGUCCACCUGAAGCGGAAAUCAGACCUCAGAAGAAAUUUAAAGAGAAUCCCUCAGCUGUCACUAUCAUAAAAGGAAAAGCAGCAAGUACCUUGCCAACAACAAAUGUCACAUGGGAGUGCGUGCAGGAAGAUGGCUACGCAUUUAUUGAUCUUGAAGCCGCAGGCGUUGUCUUGACGAAAACUAAACUUUCCUUCUUUAAAGCGGCUGGAAAGAAGAAGGCAACCGAAAAUUUCGCCCUCGUAAUAGCCGCUAACCAGCUUUCGGAUGGAGUCAAAUACAAGAUAAGACUUACUGUUGCUCACGCUGACUCUACUGCAGUAUCUGAGACAGUCAUCACUACAAAUGCAGUCCCAAGUGUAGGCGUCCUUAAGUCGGAUAUCCAAAAUGGCACUGCUAUGGACACAGUUUUCUCUAUUUCUGCUCCAGAAGGCUGGGCAGACGAUCCAGACGAUUACCCCUUACAGUAUCAAUUUGGAUAUAUUAAAAAUGGAAAAUCUUUUACUAUUGGACUGUUUGGAGAGAGUGAUGUUGUGGAGUCCAAGCUACCACCAGGUGAUCCUAACAAAAACAAUUCUCUUACACUAUUUGUGUACUGUAAAGAUGCUUUGGGUGCAAUAUCUUCAACUGAGACCACAAUUAUGGUCAUGCCAAAAGUCUUUGAUGCUGCUGCCUUGAGUAGUGCCCAGGACGACAUCGUGAAAUCCUUUCAAAGCUCGGAUUGGGGCACAGCCAUGGGUAACAUGGGAGCUCUUCUUGAAAGUCUUCCUAAAGGCGGCGGCGAUGCAAAGGUGACAAGCUUGAAAGAAGUAUUCGCAGACAACACGUUGAAUAUCAUUCAAACAAGCGAUGUCACAGACGACCCAGAUGCUAAGGCUUCCAUGUACGGUUCGAUGUCAUCUAUAACUGAGGGUGGCACAGCGAUGAGCGACGAAGCCAAAAACAAAGUCAAGAACACAAUUGUUGGCAUUGAGACUGGAUCCUCUUCUAAGAAAAGAAGGAGACGAGCAGUGUCAAGUCCAUCUGUUUCUGCCAUCACUGUUGAUCAGGCCGAAACAACUUUGUCAAUUUUAAGCGGACUUAUUGAUGCAGCUGCAUAUGACUCGAACACUAUGGGACUCAAGACAGACUUCCUCCCCGUUGUGGAUUCAACUGGCCAGAAAGUCUGCGCUGGACUAGCUGUCGGCAUGGCAGCAGCCAUUGUCAAGGACAAACUUGUAGUUCUUAGAAGUGAGAAGAACGCUUUCACUAAUGUCGAUACAACAUUCACAGACAUAGCUUGCAAUGAUUGCCCAAGCAGUCUUGCAAAAAGUGCAAAGGUUAAACUCGGCGACACGCUAAAGGCAUCAUAUGCUUCAUGGGACUGUAAGGGAGAUGCUAAUGAUCUUUGUUCUGGUGCUUGUUUGAUAACAUCACAGCAGAUCUACGAUCUCCUCAGCAAAAGUGCCUCUCCUAACACCACAUUGACAAGUGUUGUCGAUAUGAAGUUGUACAAUCCAGAAACCUACGCGGCCAUCUCUGUUGCUACGCUGGCAAAACCUGUAACCUAUCACUUGCCGGUUUUGAAUGUGACCACUAACAAUGAGACGUACUUUGAGUGUAAACGAUGGACGGGCAGUGCAUGGGCCACGACAGGAUGCGAAACCAAUCAGAACUUCAUCCUUGAUGCCGACAACAAAACCCAGUAUGUAGAAUGCACUUGUACUCAACUAGGCUAUACCGCAGCCUUUAAAGCCACUCGACCACCUCCAACUACAGAACCACCACCAACAACCUUGGCACCGACACCGACACCCGCGAAAACAGAAGCGCCAACAACAGCACCCGUCCAAGUACGAACAGUGCGAUUUGCUCUCAAGGCCGACUACGAUACACUCCUCAGCACACCUGCCAAGAAAGAACAGUUUAAGAAAGAUGUGACAAAGUCUUUAGCUGGAGCGCUGGGAGUCAACGAGACCCGUAUAGUCAACAUGACGUUUACCAAAGGCAGUAUUAUUGUCCAAUUUGCUCUUCUCCCAAGCGUCUCGGAUGACGACGCAAGCUUAGGGAAAACUUUGACAAAGUUAGAGACGGCUGUAAAGAACAACAACUUCACUGUUACGUUAUCCGAUGGCACUAAGCUCAAUGCUGAUCCUAACUCUUUUAAGACAUGGAGUGGAACUACUGAACCAACCGUGGAGAGCACUGUUGUUGCAGCGACUUCGGCGUCAGGGCUCAGUGAAACAGAGGUUAUCAUUAUAGCCUGUGUAUGCGGCGGAUUGGCACUGAUUAUACUUGUGGUGAUAGUCGUGGUUUGUUACAAGAAGAAGACAUCCUCAAGCGGCAAAAUUUCGCCUCUGAACUCAGAAGCACAAUUAAGAGGCGAUGUAGAAAUGGAGGAUCGAAACAAACUCGAUGGUAAUUACAACGCAGCUGUAGAAACAUAACGUACUAACAGAAAAUACAAAAGACUCCAGCAACAAGCCCCCUCCCCUCUCCCCCUGGAAACCAUUAAUACACACUGUUGAUCAGUAUAUAAACUUGAACCGCCACUUGGUCAGCGGAUCAAUCACUAAACCAAGAUGGCUGCCUUCUUUGUACAGUUUUAAAACUUAUCGAAAAAUCUAAACUGAAUUGUGUAGAUAUAAAAUUUAGUUUUCAAUCCGUUAGGAUGUAUUUUUUGUAAUGGUGUAAUUUUCAGCAUUGAAGUCGUAAAUUAAGGUAUGUAAUGGAAUCCAGCGUAGAAGGACCUCAUGUAGGAAAAUCCAUUUAAAGAAAUGCUUUGCUGGGUCGAGGCACAGUGAAUUCUCUGCAUUCUACGGACGCAUCUCUCAAUAUGAAUGACCCCCUAUAAAAUGGACACCCCUAUAACACGGUUACUUGUUUCCAAUGGUGAUCGUAAUAUGGAGGUUUCACUGUACCUUGGUUAGCAAUCAAGACUAAUGUCCACACCAGUAAAAAUCAGUACUUAAAAUGUUUUAUUUAUUCAUUCAUUUAUUUAUUCAUCUAUCAAUGUGGUAAUUUAUCAAUGCACUCAAGAUUGCAGCCGGAUAAGGCUGGUUCCUUUGUCUGAAGGUUUUUGUUUGUAGUGUGGAUUAUAAAAUAAUAAAGCGUGUUGAUUUGCUAAAA